GCCGCGGCCGCGCCAUGGAGGGCGGCGGAGGCGGAGGCGGCGGCCACAAGAGCCCCGGAGGCCUGGCCGCCUUCUUCGGCGCCGGCGGGGCCGGGCCCGGAUACUCCCACGCCGAUCUCUCCGGGGUCCCGCUUACAGGUAUGAGCCCUCUUUCUCCGUAUUUAAAUGUGGACCCCAGGUAUCUUGUACAGGACACAGAUGAGUUUAUUUUACCCACUGGCGCUAACAAAACUCGGGGGAGAUUCGAAUUAGCCUUCUUUACCAUCGGAGGAUGCUGCAUGACAGGGGCUGGAUUUGGGGCAGUGAAUGGCCUACGGUUGGGAUUGAAGGAGACGCAGAGCAUGACCUGGUCCAAACCAAGAAAUGUACAGAUUUUGAAUAUGGUCACCAGGCAAGGGGCGUUAUGGGCUAACACUCUCGGGUCUCUAGCUCUGCUGUACAGUGCAUUUGGCGUGAUUAUAGAGAAAACACGAGGCGCAGAAGAUGACAUCAACACGAUAGCAGCUGGGACCAUGACUGGAAUGCUGUACAAAUGCACAGGUGGACUACGGGGAAUAGCACGAGGCGGAUUGGCUGGGCUAACGCUCACUGGCCUCUAUGCUCUCUACAACAACUGGGAGCACAUGAAGGACUCCGUGCCCCGCCAGUCGCUCUGAGGGCCGCCUCGCCGAGGACCGAGCGAGGGAAGAAGAGGCCCCGACGAGCCUCCGCCUGCGCUGGUAAAAAUCGAUCCGGGCUGCUACCUUUUUCCCAUCCACGUCACCUCAGAUCCCAUCAUCUGCGGCCCAGACUCCAGCCCAGCCCCACGGGAGACAAAAGGCGGUGGCAGAUUGCGAAGCGGACAGCCCGGCCCUCAACCUCUCGUUUGGAGACAAAACCCCGUUAUCUUGCGUUAGGAGUGUGCGUCCACCACCACCCGAUGACCGUGAACUGUACCGGCACUGCUUUAUCCCCAAUAAAGUAUGUGUUCCUAGAACGGC